AUGGCACCUUCAAACACUAUUAAUAAAAUGGAAUCUUCUGAAUUAAACAAUUCAAUACGACAAAUGAUGUUAUUACGUCUUCCACCUGAAAUAUUAGGGAAAAUAUUUCUUUUAACAACUCUUCAAACACGUACAAAAACGAUCGCAAGCGUUUGUAAAUCAUUAAAUUAUUUCAUAUUUAAUCAUGAUAUUUUAUGGUCAAAACUAAACUUAAAUACACUCGCAAAUAUUUCUGAUGAAACAAUUCCACCUAUGUUUAAUACUCACUUACGUCAAGAAACGAAAAUUUAUAUCAGAGAACUAUAUUUAAACGAUGUAAAGAUUACAACGAAAGGUCUAAGUGUUGUAUUAAAUGCUUGUCCAAAUUUGAAAUCUUUACAUUUAAGAACUUGUAAGGAUAAUUUGGAGAUGAACUCUGUUAAAAAAGUAAUUGAAGAAAUGUUUGGCCCUGAAGUAUUAGAUGAUGAAAUAUCUGGCUUACAAGAAAUAUCUGACUUACAAUUGAUAACCGAGGAUACUAGGAUUCCUACUCCAAAACUUCGUCCUUCCCACCCGUUACAACUUCAAUCAAUUUAUUGGUAUAAUGACCAUGAUUACUGGAUAUGGUGGAAUCAGAAUGAUAAAAAUGAUCUCGAAAAUUUAUUACAAAAGUUAACUAAUAAUCCAAAGGCGAUGAUUCAAGUUCCAUGGUGUGAUUUUUGUAAUAAACAGAAGGCUUAUUCCCAAGUUACUUGUUAUGGAACGUCUCAUGGAAGUCGUGAUAAUUAUUGGUACUUUUAUGGAUGCUUUGAAUGCACUGAUUAUGGUGAUCUUCAAGCGUUCAAGUGUGGUGAUUGUUUAAAGUUUGAUAAAGAACUUGCAGAAAAGGAAGCCGCGGCCGCUGCCGUUGCCGCUACUUCAGAAACAAAUUCUGAUACUGAUGAAAAUUGGGAAACUAACUCUGAUGGUGAAACAGUUUUGGAACUUAAUGAGCAACAACAACAAAAUGACAUUAUAGUACAAAUUCAAAUAGUGGCUGCUGGGGAUGCAAACACUACUGCAAAUUGA